GCGGAAUAGAAAAACAGUUCGCAGCUCAGGGGAGGGGGUUCGACGGGUAUAAACUUUCUUCAAGCCCUCCUCCCCUUUCUUGAUUUGAUUCAUAAUUUUUGAGGUCUGGAUUCGAUUUGAACACGGCUUGGAAAUACAUUAGAUUGAUAAAGGACAUUCUGGAACUAGUGAAAAUGUCAGGUCAAGUUCAUGUUUUAGCGAUUAUUACUCCUGCGAAGGGGAAGGAAGCAAGGGUAGGGCAGCUUCUUACGGACCUUGCGAAUAACGUGAAGCAGAAUGAGAAAGAUGUUCCUAAGUAUGAAUUGUUCGAGCAAUACAAUGGCCAGGGAGGAAAUGUAUUUGUAGUCGAGGAGAUUUACAACAACCAAGCGGUCUACGACGCACACUUCAAGACAGAUUAUUUCACUGCGUUGGGCGAGACGAUCCAGAAGGAAGGAUUGCUGGCUGCCCCUUUGGAUAUCAAGACUAUCAAGCCAAUUGGUGGAUUUGCGUCGAGAUAGAGGUGUGCUUGACCAACAAAGAUCUCAAUUGAUGCCAGCUUUGCCUUGAUAUAUGGGAUGCCCGGUCCUGUUAGUUUGCACAUAUAUGUAGCUAUUCUAAUGGAAAGUUGAAAGAUUGGUAU